AUGGCGGCGAAAGCGAUCGACAUUCAGUCAAAAAAACGCAAAUCAAAACGUAUCCGAGCUGCAAACAAGUUCUUAUCCAAUAUUUCUCUCGAUGGUAAACGUCCUGCAGAUAAAAACAAAAAAGAAGUUGAGAAAAAUAGGGAGAAACGGCCUCUAUCUUUGGACAAAGAAGAAAUUCUAUUAAUUUCAAACCAAAGUUUUGUCCUGGAUCCGCAAGCAAGACCUAAACUUUUGACUUCAUACUCCACGACAGAUGCAAUUGAGGAAAACAAGAGUAGUUUAGACAUUGCUGGUUCGGUUUCGUCGACGUUCCAGUUCAGCAGCUCGCUAGAACAUGCAUGUUUAUAUAACCGGGCAAGUUCACUCAGAGAGUCGAAACAUUUGCAAAAUAAUAUCGUGUCAGGUCGCAAUUUAGCAAAACAUGCGGGACACUUGUGUGGGAAAAGGUGAGUUAUGACAUCACCAGACUGGAAAGUUCAUGCAGUGAUUGACUUACCCAAACAUACCCUCAUCCGAAAAGACCCUGGGUAUGAGGAUUCACCAUCUUCAUAAUUAUAGCGCAGAAUACUACACAGUGAAGUCCAUCUCCAUUGCCUUUUGCAUAAGCUCUAUUCGUCAUGAUUCGUCACUCAAUAAGUACCGUAAACAGAAGCAGUCACCCCCCUGGAAAUACUAAAAAUGGUGGACUUCUGUGUAGUAUUCUGUGAUUAUAGUACGUGGACAACCACAGCAAAGCACAGAGUAUGUACAAUACAGAGAUCCGAGUCAGCCAUAACCACCGUCACUGAAGUAUUUGCAAGACACUCGCCUAGAUAGUGUGCUAACAAGAGAGACACUUGGAACUUUAAUACAUUCAGUGACAGCACUCUCUUCUUGGUGAGAAAAAAUGGCUGGUGUUAGAUAACCCAUUGAGUUGCAUUGUGCCCGACUUUAUUAUUUUACUCUGUCUAAUGCCAGAUGAUUUUACUUGUCAAGGUUAGAGAGCUGAUGCUUAAUGGGUUAACUGGCCUAUCUACCCAUGUGUCUCGUUAACCCAAUGGGUAGGAUAUUGCACCCUGUCAUAUGCCCUACUUUAUUAUUUUACUCUGUCUAACACCAGACGAUUUUAUUGGUCAACGGGAGAGAGCUGGCACUUCAAUAAAUGGGUUAAGACUAUAAGUAUACCUUGAAUUAAAAGCUUGUACCAGUUCAGCUAUGCUGUCACUCCCUGGGUUUAUACCUUACAAUGCUAAUUGAUAUUUGUUUCUUUGAUCAACUGAAACCCAUACUAUAUUCUGACAUUUUAUUUUUUCAGAGUAAUUCUGUGUUCAGGGCAUCAUGUUCCAUUUGCUGUUUACUCGACUCUGCAAUAUACACAACAGGACAAGUUUUCUGACUCACUUGAUAAAACAACUUAUAAGUAAGUCUAGUAUGAUUUUACUCUUUACCAAUAUGUCACUAAAUAAAUGUUUGAAGCAAAGCAUGCAUGAUAUUAAACAUCUCACAAGCCAGAGCAAAAUGAACAAUGUUUUAUUUCCUUACAGACUCCAAAGAUGGCCUGGUGAGGGUGAAAAUUCCUCUUAUUGCAUUAAAGGGAUUGACAUUGGAUCUGAGGAUAGGGUAUAGCUAUCUCCACAUUUGUUGUUCAAAUGCCCCAACUAUAUCUGAACAAAAUGUUGCACCUUAAUGUUGCCGACUUUGUUAUUUUAUUCUAAUUCCAGAUUAUUUUAAUCUGCUUACUGUCGAUGCAAUGGAAGUGUUGAUAAAAUAUUGCACCAAUUCCUUUCCUCCAGUUGAUCAAUUCAUUUGAUAGAAAAUUGAUCAACUUCCUGUUACUUUUAAAUGAGCCAAUUAGAUUUUGUUUCAGAGCCGAUUGACCAAUAGGAAAUGCACAGGAAGUAAAAAGAAAUUUGAAUUCGUAUGAAUUGAUCAACUUGAGGAAAUGAAUUCAUGCAAUAUUUUAUCAACACUUCCAUUGCAUCGACAGUAAUACAAAAUGAAGAUGAGAGCAUUGGCACUUGAUAGGUUACACCCGUUUUCAAAAUUACGCGACCAAAGACGAAAAUGGUAGAGUUGACAUGUCAGUUUUAUGUCAUUCGAUCACGAAGUUCAAACUUUGAGUUUUGCGGUUCCUUUUCGAUGUAUAUGCUUUGUAUGCUUUAUAUAAACAGACUUACAAUGAUUUUCAAGAUAUUUUAGUGAGAGUUAUUGUAAAAUUUAAGCAUGACAAAAUCAUAACAUCACCGUUAUAGUCUAGCGCGCGUGUUUUAUACUGACAGCUAUAUUCCAGGAUAAAUGGUUAUUUUUCAAACUUUAAAAGUCAUUCACGGCACAUAUUUAUGUUGUGAUGGUUUGUAUUGUGCUUUAGUUUGUAUAUCUAAGUUAUCUGACUCAUUUUUGUUCAGUUUUGGUAUUAAAUACGGUUUAAAAUGUCUUUAGACAGUUUGUUUACGUUUGCUAUUUUUUAGCAGUUCUUGUGACAUAAAACUGACAUUUGAAGUAGGAGUAUUUUUCAGGGAGGUUGCGUAAUUUUGAAAACGGGUGUAACCCAAUGAGUGGCUGCACUGUCACCCUCACUGACAAGUAAAAUCUUCUGGUGUUAGACAGAGUAAAAUAAUAAAGUGGGGUGCAUACUGGUUAACAGGGUGCAUGGUCAGAUAAUCUGAUUAACCCAUUGAGUGGCAGCACUCUCCCCCUGACGAGUAAAAUCAUCUGGCGUUAGACAGAGUAAAAUAAUAAAGUGGGGCACAUCUGCACGCAUUGCCACUUGAAGGGUUAAACAUAUUGUUUUCCAGAAACCACAAGAAUUAUAUUUUCUUUCAGCCAGUAUCAUAUGGUUAUUUACUGGUGCAUAAUGCUACCCAGUCGUCAAGAAAUAUUUUAUCUCCUCGAAAAACUUCAGCUCAACCAUCACCCAGCCCUACGUUGGAAGAAAAUAGAGCAUUUCCUUCCAGUACACCAAACACACCUGGUUCAAAGAUGCUUUCACCCAGAGCUAUGGGUAAGACCUAACCUUCUUUAUCUGCAUUUUCUAUGUGGUUGGGCUGUUUCCUUAUCUACUGACCAUUUUUUUGUCAUUGCUCUCGCCCUAUGAUACAUGUGAUGCCAAAAAUAGACUCUGCUUUCCACAGUUAUUGCUUUUUGAAAUGUUUAUGUGCUAAAUGCUAACUGAUCACAUUUCUGGCCAUUGUGUUUUCAGAAUAUUAUAACACAUCAAGUAAUUUUAUUGUGUUUUCAGAAUAUUACAACACGUCAAGUAAUUACAGUGAAUAUGAUCCAUUUUUACUCGAUGAUCCAGAGUUAAGAUCAGGAAGACAUCGCAAAGUUUUAAAACUUAGUUCAUUUAUGGUAAGAUCAAUCAUGAAGCAAUUAGGUUACCGGUAUAUAUACAAACAUUACUUACUUUGUUAUUGUAAAUCACAUCAUGGCAAAUCCUGUCCACAAUGUAAAGGAUCACUUAUGACACAUGUUACAUCAUAAUUUGUGGUGAGAUCUCACCUAACCAAACUGGCUCAUUUCUCAUAUGAAAACAAAUUGAAUUUUAUUGCAUUAACCCUUAGGGAAGCUCAUGAAAACAGCCCCUUAAUUUGUUUUUUUCGUGUACAGGUUUCUAUCAUAGAAUAUGUAAAACCUUCACAACUGAAAAAGGAUUUAAAUGAACAGUUUAAAGAAAAGUUUCCAAACCUUGAAAUCACGUUAUCAAAAUUAAGAAGGUAACAUUCUUCUUCACUGCAUAAUUAACCACCUCAAAUAUACUCAAUUGAUAAAUUGACAUUCUUUAUUUUCAGUUUAAAACAGGACCUUGCAAGAUUAUCACAGGAGGUAUUUGCAUGAUUCUUAAUACUACUGUAACUUCCUGCAUGAUGAAGGGCCUUCACAACGCAACUUUCUGUUACUUUAUUCAUUUUAAUUGUAUUCUUUUGUCAGUAUUGUUUAGAUUACUCUACUGUGGCAUAUUCAACUGUUUACUUUGAAAAGCUCGUGUUAUGGGUAUGUUCAAACCUAUACAGCCAAUUCAAAAGAGGUUGUCCUAAACCUAAACUCUGAACCUUAAACUCUAAGCACGCAAAGCUUAAUGGAGCACAAGUUUCAAGCUUAAUACUUGAAUAUUGCAGAUAUUUGUGAACGAUCUUACCAUGUUUCUAAGAAAUGGGCGCCAUAUAUGCUUUCUAAACUGUUUGAAUGAUGCUCCAUUAUGCUUUGCACGCUAAAUUAAGGUUUAAGGUAAAAACCUAUGUGUAUGAUCCGUUUGUAUGUGUAUUUGGCUUGCAGCCUGGUAACUAAACAAAUAUCAAAUAUAUUAAUCCAAACAUUUGUGAACUAAUAGACAUUGCCCAAGGAGAAAUUGAUUAAAUUUCGGUUUAAUUUGGUUGAAAAUUGGAUGAUGAAUUAGCAAACAUUUAUCUUGCUUUGCGGGCCAGAAUAAAUAUAAGUAUAAAACUUUUUUAUUUUAACAUGACGUAUAAUGUCUUUAUUCUUUAAGGGCAAGAUAAGUAAAGCUAAUCGCAAAUUGGUUGUUGGUAAGUCCUUUAGAUUUAAUUGAAAGUUGUCAACAAGCCGUUGACGGUUGAGAAUUUCUCAACACGCUAACAAGUUGUUGAAACAGCAUUGGUUAUACAAGUCUGUUGCAAAUUUGUUACAAGUUGUGCGUUUUUACGUGACACUGUGUAGGUAUCACAUUAGAAUUACGAUGCGGUACAAUUUCUUUGUAUAGGAUCGUGUUUAUUGCUGGCGGCGAAAUUUAACGGUGAUUUGAAAAAGGACGCCAUUAAAGAAUUAAUAGACGUAAGAUGAGUGAAUUGACUGCUAUAGUUAAAACCUGUUAAUAUAACUACUAACGUAUCUUUAUUUUGCUGUUGUUUUUUUUAGCAUAUUUCAGAUGGGUUUAAAGUGAGUACAAAAGACCUUCUCUUAUUUGAGAUUCAAGCACUCAUAGCGAUGGAGUUUAAUUUACAUUUACCCAUUAAUUACGUUCUGCCGCAUUUGAAACGACUGGAAUUUGAAAACUUGGCGUAUUCAUAG